AUGGCAUCGCCAAACAAGAAAAUCGUCUUCAUAACAGGCGGCAACCAAGGCAUAGGCUACGAAACCGCCAAAAACCUAAUCCUCUCAUCAGAAGACUACCACGUCAUCCUCGGCAGCCGGGACAUCGACAAAGGCACCACCGCCGUAAAAACCCUCCAAGCCCUCCCCGGCGUCAAAGGCAGCGUAUCAACAACCCAAAUCGACGUAACCGACGACACCUCCGUCGACGCCGCAGCAGCACGCAUCAGCGCCUCCCACGGCCACCUCGACAUCCUAAUCAACAACGCAGGCAUAGUCUCCAUGACGCACCCCCCAACCCGCUCAACCCUACGCCGCAUCCUCGAAACCAACGUCGUCGGCGCCCUCAGCGUAACCGAGUCCUUCCUCCCCCUCCUCCGCAAAACCGCGCACCCCCCCUCUCGCCUCAUCUUCGUUAGUUCAAGCACGGGGUCUAUAACCCAUGCCUCGGACCCUAAGUCCCCGUAUUACGGACCGGGCGGCGCGACGGAGUACAGAGCUAGCAAGGCGGCGGUGAAUAUGCUGAUGGCGCAGUACUGUGCGCGGUUGAGGCCGGAGGGGAUUCUGGUUUUCGGCGCGGAUCCCGGGCUCUGCGCGACGAAUCUGACGGGGGAUGCGCAGGCGUUGAGGGCGCGGGGCGCGGUGGAGGCUGAGAGGGGGGGCGAGAGGGUUGCGGUUGUGGUGAGGGGGGAGAGGGAUGAGGGGGUGGGGAGGGUGUUGGGGGAGUAUGGGGUUUCGCCUUGGUGA